AUGGCGUCAAUACUAGGGAACAACCGUCUUGUGCUUCUUCUUGUGGGUGUUGCCUUCCACUUGUUCUACUUAUGGUCCAUUUUUGAUAUUUAUUUUGUCAGUCCAUUGGUUCAUGGUAUGGAACCUCAAUUGAGUACACCUACACCUCCAGCUAAAAGAUUAUUCCUCAUUGUUGGUGAUGGGUUAAGGGCUGAUACCACUUUUGAUAAUAUAACACAUCCAACUACGGGGAAAACUGGUUAUUUGGCACCUUUCUUAAGAGAUAUUGUUUUAAAAGAAGGUACUUAUGGUAUAUCACAUACUAGAAUGCCAACAGAAUCGAGACCAGGUCAUGUUGCUAUGAUUGCAGGGUUUUAUGAAGACGUUAGUGCUGUGACAAAAGGUUGGAAAGAAAAUCCAGUUGAUUUUGAUAGUGUCUUGAAUCAAACUAAACAUACUUAUAGUUUUGGUUCCCCAGAUAUUUUACCAAUGUUUGCAGAUGGUGCUUCUGAUCCAAAUAGAAUUGAUACUUGGAUGUAUGGUCAUGAAUUUGAAGAUUUCACACAAUCAUCAAUUGAACUAGAUGCUUUUGUUUUCAGACAUUUAUACGAAUUAUUUGAUAACUCUACAAAAGACAAAGAAUUGAAAUCACAACUUCAUCAAGAUCAAACAGUUUUCUUUUUACAUUUAUUAGGUUGUGACACUGCAGGUCAUGGUUAUAGACCAUAUUCAGCUGAAUAUUACGAUAACGUUAUCUAUAUCGAUGAACAAGUUGCUAAAUUGACUAAAGAAGUUAAAAACUUUUUUGGUGAUGAUGAUACUGCCUUCAUUUUCACAGCUGAUCAUGGUAUGAGUGCUUUUGGUUCACAUGGUGAUGGACACCCGAAUAAUACAAGAACCCCAUUGAUCGCAUGGGGUGCAGGUUUGAAUAAACCAAUCUAUAAUAAAGAACCAGUCUUUGAUGAUUAUACUGAGAAUUGGAAUUUGGCUAAUAUCAAGAGAAAUGACAUUAAUCAAGCUGAUAUCGCUUCAUUGAUGUCUUAUUUGAUUGGUGUUAAUUAUCCUUCAAAUUCUGUUGGUGAAUUACCUUUGGCUUUCAUUAAUAGUAAAGAAGAAGACAAAUUGAAAGCUUUAUAUCAAAAUGCCUUAAGUAUUGUUGAACAAUAUCAUGUUAAAGAACAAGAAAUGAAAGAAUCUCAAUUUUUCUUCAAACCUUACCCAGCUUUUGAAAAGAAAUCCAUCAAACAAUAUCAUGAAGAAAUUGAAGAGCUAAUCACUGAAAUUGCUAAAUUGAAGAAGAUUGACGAAGAAAAGGAAGUUGAAGCUAUUAAACUGACUGAAGAAUUGAUGAAGACUACUUUAGAUGGGUUAUACUACUUGACAACAUAUAAUUGGUUAAUGUUGAGAUCUAUCGUGACUCUUGGUUUCAUUGGUUGGAUCACAUACUCAUUUAUCAUCUUCUUGAGACUUUUUAUCAUCGAAAAAGAUAUUCCAACUUCAGUCUCAUUCUUGAAUUUUGCUGUGUUUUCAUCUAUUGGUUUAGUUUUCAAUUAUCUCUUAUUUUAUCAAAGAUCACCAUUCAACUUCUAUAUGUAUUUAGCGUUUCCAGUUUUCUUUUGGAGUCAGAUUACAUCAAAAUAUGUUCUAUUGAAAAAUGGUUUACAAUCUUUUUUCAAAGGUAUUGAUCUACUUAACAGGAUUUUGAUUUUGACUGCUAUUAUUGGAGUUUAUGAAGGUAUUGUUUACGGGUUCUUCGAAAGAUUUAUCUUUACAGCUUUCUUCAUUAUCUUAGGUUUCUAUCCUAUCAUUUUGGGUGUGAAAGAUGUUACCACUUUAUCAUUCUGGUUAAUUACAAAUUUGGGAAUGAGUACAUAUACUUUAUUUGAUGCUGUCAAAACAGAAGACUUGAAACAAAUCAAUGCUGCUAGUAUUUUAAUCUUAUCAGUCUCUGUUGCUACUUACUACAAAAUUUUACAACUUGCAAAACAAAACAUCAACUUCCCAAAGAUUUCAUCCCAUACUAAGACUUUAAUUUCAGCUCAAAUUGGAUUAAUUGCAUUAAUGACAUUAGUCACCAACAAAUCAGCCCUUUCUUUACAGGCUAGAGAAGGUCUCCCAAAAAGUUCACAAGCCCUUGGUUGGAUUAUUUUUGUUUUGUCAUUGAUUGUUAUCCCAUUCCUUCAUUAUUUGAAACCACACAAUGAUUAUAGAAUUAGACUUUUGAUUAUUUUCCUAACAUUUGCACCAACAUUCAUUAUUUUAUCUAUCUCAUUCGAAGCAUUAUUUUAUGUCAAUUAUUCUUUAUUAUUAUUACAAUGGAUUAGAAUUGAAAGUUCAUAUUUCCAAAAACAAGGCGCAAAGAUUGAGAAUUAUUCACAAUUAUUAAGAGUUUCAGUUAUCGGAUUUUUAUAUUUACAAGUUGCAUUCUUUGGUUGUGGUAACGUUGCAAGUAUUUCAUCAUUCUCCUUAGACUCUGUCUAUAGGUUGAUGCCAAUCUUUGAUCCUUUCCCAAUGGGUGCAUUGUUAAUGUUAAAAUUAAUCAUUCCAUAUGUAUUAUUGUCUACUGCAUUAGGUGUUUUGAAUGUUAAAUUAGGUAUCAAACCAUACACAAUCUCAACAUUGAUCAUUUCCACAAGUGAUAUUUUGUCAUUAAAUUUCUUCUUUCUACUUAAAACUGAAGGUUCUUGGUUAGAUAUUGGUGUUACAAUUUCAAAUUAUUGUUUGGCUAUCUUAUCAAGUUUAUUCAUGUUAAUUUUGGAAAUCAUUAGUCAUAUUCUACUUAAAAAUGUUGAAUAUUAUGACCAACCUCAAAUUCCAGCUGAAGCAAAAGAUAAAUAG